AUGGCUGAAUCUAUCUCUGAAGGCACUUUGAAGCAAUGGGUCAAGCAGGUCGGUGAGUUCGUGCAACAGGACGAGGAAAUCGCCACCAUUGAGACCGACAAGGUUGAUGUCACCGUCAACUCGCCUGCCUCGGGUACCAUUAUUGAGGUCUAUGCCCAGGAAGAGGACAAUGUUGCUGUGGGUGCCGACUUUUUCAAAUUGGAAUUGGGUGAUGCUCCCAAGGAAGGUUCUGCUCCUCCUCCCAAGAAGGAAGAGACGCCUGCUGCUGCUGCUGCUGCCGAACCUGAAGCUCCCAAGCCCGCCGAAGCUCCCAAGCCCGCCGCUGCUUCUCCUCCCCCAGCUGCACCCGCAUCCUCCCCUGCUCCUACCCCCGCUGCUGAUGAGGGCAAGAAGGUCUUCGGCAACCGUAGCGAGAACCGCGUCAAGAUGAACCGCAUGCGUUUGCGCAUUGCCGAGCGCUUGAAGCAGUCCCAGGACACCGCCGCUUCCUUGACCACCUUUAACGAGAUCGACAUGACCAAUUUGAUGGCUCUCCGCUCUGAAUACAAGGAUGCUGUUAUCAAGAAGCACGGCGUCAAGUUUGGCUUCAUGUCCGCUUUCGCCAAGGCCUCGGCUGUCGCUUUGGAGGAAAUUCCUGCCAUCAACGGCUCCAUUGACGGUAAUGAGAUCGUCUACCACGACUACAUUGAUAUGAGCAUUGCUGUUUCUACUCCCAAGGGUCUUGUCACCCCCGUCCUCCGCAACGUUGAGGACAUGAACUUUAUUGACAUCGAGAAGAACAUUGCUGCUAUGGGUCAAAAGGCUCGUGAUGGCAAGAUCACUAUUGAGGAUAUGGCCGGUGGUACCUUCACCAUUUCCAACGGUGGUGUUUUCGGCUCAUUGAUGGGCACUCCCAUCAUCAACUUGCCCCAGACUGCCAUCUUGGGUAUGCACAGUAUCAAGGAAAGACCCAUUGCUGUCAACGGCAAGGUCGAAAUCCGUCCUAUGAUGUACGUUGCCCUUACCUACGAUCACCGACUUGUUGAUGGUCGUGAAGCUGUCACCUUCUUGGUGCGCCUCAAGGAGAUGGUUGAAGACCCAAGACGAUUCCUUCUCGGUGUCUAA